UAGCUGCCGUCUGCAUCAAAGGUGCCAGUUCUCAGGUCGGCUGUUGCGUCACUUGAACAGGAGCGGACCCUUGAAAGGAGAGGUGCCGCAGUCACGGUGACACCUGCGGGCUGUAUAAAAACGAGUGGGGACACCGAGACACACACCACGGGACAGGACCACGGGAGACUCCGGAGACGCGACAGCGCGCUGCACUCAGAGCCACCGCUCCCUCUGUCCGCACACAGGAGCCCCCUCGCUUCUGCUUUGUUUGUUUGUUUGUAUAUUUUUUUAUUAUUAUUAUUUGUUUGAUCUGAACUUUGGAACAAAUGUCGCUGUUCAUGGAUUCCGUGUUCUUCAGCAACUCGAAACUUACAGACGACACGAACGACGAUUUCAAUUUGAUUUACAAAGACAAAAAAGAACAAUAUAAAGGACCCGUGUCCGAGCCUGUGAUUUGCUCUCCAGAGCUGGACGGAACCCUUGUCAAUGUUUCCGAGGGACAGAGAAAGAGGAAGCGAACCAUCUUCAGCCGGACUCAGCUCUCUGAACUGGAGAAAGCCUUCACAGUGACCCCUUACCCAGACAUCAACCUCCGCGAACGGCUCGCCGCUAUCACCGGGCUCCCGGAGAGCAAGAUCCAGGUCUGGUUCCAGAACCGCCGUGCCCGAAGUAUCAAGACUGGCAAGCUGAGCCGACCCAUGAGAAAGUCUCCCAACUCCGGCAUCCCUAACUACUCUCCCUACACGCCCUCCUUCACCCCGUCUCCCCCCAGGGAUUUUGGGUUCGGGUGCGCGGAGCACAGCCCGGUCCAACAGAACCACCAGCAACGCCCAGUCUGGGCGAGACUAGACCGCACCAAGGAACAGCUGCCUGCCGCCACUGGGUUAAACAACCAGACUCUGCCGCAGCGCCCCCUGCAGCACCAGUCGCACCUCUCUCCAGACCCCCACGGGCAACUGGUGUGGGAUGAUCGUCACCACCACCGCUUCUCCGCAGCCAGACAGCAGCAUCAGCAGCAGCCGCCCAGGAUACAGAGAGAUGACUUCAGCCAGUUCUGCUCUGCCCCCAGCUACCAGCACAGCAAACCCCAGCCAGACAGCAACCCCAGGUACCAGGCGAUGGACUCGUGCCACGGCAGCCUCCCAGUCGACCAGCUCGUCCCGUCCCAGCAGCUGUACUGGGAGGUGUCGCAGCUGCAGGACCCCAGCGACCAUGCCCCCCAGACCUCCCUGAGCUACAUAUCGGACCUCAUCUACAACGCAGCUGUAGUCACCAACCUCGUAGAUUUCUAAAGGUUGAACGUUUUCUUAGCUGGGUGCUCUCUCUCCCAGCACUGUUUGAGGGUGAUGGUGGGCUUUCCUUAUGGUGAAAGGGUUUAAAAGUGACUGAAUCCCUUUUGCCUGUAUUCUCAAUGACAGAAGUUGGUCAUCACCCUGCUUAUUCUACACCACCAGCUUCUAUUGAAAUAUCACAGGACAAUGUGCCUGAGAUAUUUAUGCAGAGACAAGGUGACAUGUCUUAUGCAGUAGGAAGAAAAACAUUCUUGAGAUGGUUAUCUUUCAGGAUAAGAGACAGACAAAAAUAAAUAAUUUAUUUAUUUUUAAUCAUUACAUUUUACACAAUGAAGUAUUUAUAUUGACCCUCUGUGUAUUAAUUAUCUGCUCAGACAAUGAUGUGCAAACUGAUUGUGGCUCACUGUCCCUUGUGGUGGUGUUAACAUUUUAUUUAAGUACAGUAGUGUUUUUUGUAUAGAGCACAGUGCCAUUCAGUGGUCAACUAUUGUAACUGCAGAUGGGGCAAAUUUAACUGAUUCUGUGAUGCACAUAUCACUUUUUUUGCGUAAUAAUAACUGUAUAAAUGUUCUACUGCAGUAUUGUAGAUGCUUUUUUUUAAAAUUAUUUCAAUAAAGUUGUUUUUAGAAUGUAUUUAAGACACAGUAAAUAUCUUCUGCCAAUGAGUAAAACACAGUUAAACACCAUUGCUGGGUUUUUAAAUUAGAAAAUGCCUGGGUCAUGGAAGGGUUUUAGUUUUUUAUUAGCGUUCAGAGUGCAGGUAACACAAUCUUCAAAAUGUCGCCCUGAUUAAAAUGUUUCCUUGAGUGAAGAGGCUCUGCUAAAUCAUAAUUAUUUUGAAUAACAAAGGAACGCUUUAUGUACAGAAAGCAAAGCAAAAAAAAAAAAAACAAGAAAUUGAAAUUGAAGCUCCGGUUUUAUCAGCUUAUCAGCUCUUGUUUAAUGCGCGCUGGAUUUAAGGGUUUUCUGUAUUACAUAUCUGUUAUUAUUAUUAUUAU